AUGACUGUGAUUAUUGCAUCAUUGUUCCUUCCUUAUACUGUUCAUUUCGAAUUGGAUAGUAAGACUAAUGCCGACGACAUCCAGUCUAUAAAACGUAUAGGUGAACCGAUCUCCAGGGUCCUGACUCCUGUCCCUGUUGGUGUUGGACAUGGUAGUGGUGGCUCUGGUAAACCGAAAUCAUCAACUACCUCCAUUAUCCCUAGUUCCAGGUUAUCAACCCCAGUCAUUGCUAGUGGUGGUGAUGGAUCAAAUAUCAACAGUAGCAGCAAUUUGGGUACAGAGUCUCCAUCAGUAGAGGAUUUCUUUUACAGUAGACUUUCAGAUCUGUCAUCUGGUUCAAUGGGACCCUCAGCCUUAUCAUCUCAUUCAGCUGGUGCUGUAUUAACUGCACCAGGUUAUGGAACAACUUCUGCUACUUCUGCUACUACUGCUGCUACUAAUUCAGGAGUUUCAUCUUCAUCUUCCUCUAUUACUGGUGGUGGUGGCCAUGCUCCUCAAUUGGUACAACCUCGUUCAAGAGUUAGCAAUCUUAAGAUCCAGGCAAAUGUAGUGGAUCAUAAGAAAUAUCCAUUCCCUUCGGAUAAAAUAGGUGGUACCUCAGUCAAAAUCAACAGAUCUUCAACUAGUUUGGCAUCUUUAGGUUCAUCUAAUCAAAGACGCUUAUCAAGAUCAUUAAAUGGUUCUGUAUCCAAUUUGGCAUUAUUAAACUCAACUGGUAUGAAACAACAACAAAAAACAACUCGUCAGCCAAGUCGUGAACAACUUGAAUUCGUUACUAAUAAUAAUCAUAGGGCUUUGCUUGAAGGUUUAAAUGAAGAUGAUUUUGAUUGUCAAGGAAGAUUGGCUCCCUUUGGUGGGUUUUCAAACCCUAAUAUUGAAGACAACUUAUUAAAUGAAGAGAAUAUUUUUGAAACUUGUCCUUGGGAAAUCGUAUCUCAUGCUAAAGGUAAUGGAUCUUUAUAUAAGGCAGCUAAGAUAGCUCAAGAUGGAGGAAUUUUAGGAGAUUAUGCUUGGGUAGGUACCUUAGCUAUGCCUACUGAUGAAGUUCCAGAUAAAAUUAAAAAGCAAAUUGAACAAAAACUUCAUGAGGAAUACAGAAGUGAACCAGUUUUCCCAGAUGAUGCAACAUUUGAUGGUCAUUAUCAUUCUUUCUGUAAACAAAUUUUGUCACCGACCCUUCACUACCAAAUUCCGGAUGAUCCAAAGUCAAAGGCAUUCGAAGAUCAUUCCUGGAAGUUUUACAAAGCCAUGAAUCAAUUGGUGGCUGAUAGAAUAGUAGAGGUUUACGAAAGAGAUAAUAGUUCAUUAGCACCAGAGGAUCCACUGAAUAUUAUUUGGAUCCAUGACUAUCAUUUAAUGUUAGUUCCAGCUAUGAUUAGGAAAAAGCUUCCUCAUGCCAAAAUCGGUUUAUUCUUUCAUGUUUCGUUUCCUUCUUCAGAAGUUUUCCGUAUUUUUGCUCAACGAAACGAAAUGUUAAAGGGUAUGUUAGGAGCAAAUUCGAUUACAUUCCAAACAGAAGAAUACGUCAGACAUUUCUUUCAAACUGUUAGCAGACUUUUGUUGGCAGAUAUUAAUGAUGCAGGUGUCUUUUAUGAAGGUCAUUUGACGUUGGUUAAUACAACGCCAGUUGGAAUUGAUGUUCCACAAUUACAAGAAGAAGCCCAUUCACCAUCAGUUUUAGAAUGGAGAAGAGCUAUAAAGGAAAGAUGGGGUGGUCAGAAAUUAAUUGUAACUAGAGAUAAAGUUGACAAACUAAGAGGCAUAAAGCAAAAGUUUUUAGCUUAUGAAAGAUUCCUCACUGAUAAUCCGCAAUAUUUAGAAGACACAGUUUUCAUUCAAAUUUGUUUAGGGGAACCUACAGAUCCAGAUUAUGAAAGUGAAUGUAUGCAAAUUGCAGGGAGAAUUAAUGCUAAAUCAAAGAAUCUUUCAACAAUCCAGCCAAUGGUGAUUUUACAGAAGGAAAUUGAGUUUGAUCAGUAUUUGGCAUUGCAAGCUGAAGCUGAUUGCUUUAUUGUAUCAUCAAUGAGAGAAGGUUUAAAUUUAACAUGUCAUGAGUUUAUCACUUGUGCAGAAGAAAAGAAAUCUCCUCUUAUUCUUUCUGAAUUCACCGGUUCAUCUUCCUUACUCUCAUGUGGAAGACGUGGAGCAUUGAUGGUGAACCCUUGGGAUAUUAAAAAAUUUUCUGAGCUCUUUUUGUAUCUGUUGAAGAUGGGUACAGAUGAAAAGGCUGAACGGUGGCUGAAUUGCUUUGCAGUCAUUGAUAAACAUGAUUCGAAAGUCUGGGUUGCAGAUUGUUUGAAGACAAUAAAUAAAGCAUGGAAUUUGUAUCUGUUGAAAUCAGCCACUGACUUGCAACCAUUGAAUAAAGAGUCAUUUCUUAAGUUUUACAACGUUUCAAACAAGCGUGAAGAACGAGUAUUCUUUUUCAAUUUUGAAACACCUGCUUCAGUGAUGAUUGUACCGGAAACCGAGACUUCUUCAUAUGCUACUGUAUCUGGGAAGACUUUAGAACCCAAGCAUUUAGAUACUUUUUUAGCCAAGGUACUAGAGAACCCCAAGAAUCAUGUUUAUAUUUUCAGCCUUCUUAAGAAGAAGGAUUUGGAAACCUUAUAUGGUAGAUGUCUGAAAGUUGGGCUAAUUGCUGAGAAUGGAGGAUAUGUCAAGAUAAUAGGCAGUAAACUGUGGACUCCUAUCACCAAUGAAGCACAUUUACAGAAUUGGUUCCCAGUUGUCGAACGUUUGAUCGAAUCUAAAGUGGUGAGAUUACCCGGAUCAUUUAUGAAGGUUCAAGAUUGCACUAUUAAUUUCGUUACUGGAGCUGUUGAAAAUAAAGAGCGUCGGAAUGAUGCUCUAGGUGAUUGUAUAGCCCAUAUCCAAGAACUUCAUCUGGAAUCUAAUGAUGAUGGUGAUAAUAUACAUGCAUUACUUGUGAGGAAUACAGUGAUUAUUCAAGAACAUUUAUUAAACGUGAAAGCUGUUGAAUUUAUCUUGAAACACUACAAGAAUUCUCAUAAAGUAUUUUAUUGUGGAGGAGAUACCAAUAUCGACGAGACCAUAUAUGAAUACCUCAAUCGAAUUCCUGGGUCCAUGACUGCAGUGGUGAUGAGGACGAAGUCACAUUCCAAGUCAAUAGCAAGGUACAAUAUUUCUGGCACCAAUGCCAUGUUGAAAGUACUAGCAUCCACUCCUCUGUCCUAA